AUGCUGGGAUAUGAUGAUUUCACUGCUCUUUGUGGGUUAAUUGAACGUUUAAAGAGAAGACACGAUAUUAUCAGCAAAUCUGUUUGUUGUGAAUUUGCUGCAGUAGAUCUUAGCAUUAUGGAGAAAUUUAAGACCGAGACAUUUCCUCAGAUACUUAAAGAUUAUGUGCCAAAAGAUAUUUUUUACGCUGACGAAACGGGACUUUUCUAUAAACUUCUAACACUUCAGUUAAAGGGAGAGAAAUGCCACGGUGGUGAAAAGGGAAAGGAACGCAUAACUGUAUUGGCUUGUGCGAACAUGGAUGGCUCAGAAAAACUAAGACUUUUGGUGAUCAAUGCUACGAAAAGAGCCGCACCUCCAGAGAGGCGCCGCCUUGGAACGGUCUGCAUUAUAAGUACUGCUAGGGAGUUCAAAGCAGUUAAUGGUGCAACAAACUUCACUCCUAGCCCAACCAUGUUCCUGUAA